UAUGUUGUUAUAAGUAAUUCAGGUGUUGGGAAAUCAUGUUUAUUGUUACAGUUUACAGACAAGCGGUUUCAACCAGUCCACGAUCUCACUAUUGGUGUAGAAUUUGGGGCUCGAAUGAUAACUAUUGAUGGAAAACAGAUAAAGCUUCAGAUAUGGGAUACGGCAGGGCAGGAGUCCUUCCGUUCCAUUACAAGGUCAUACUACAGAGGGGCAGCAGGGGCUUUACUAGUGUAUGACAUUACAAGGAGGGACACUUUCAACCACUUGACAACUUGGUUAGAAGAUGCUCGUCAGCAUUCCAAUUCCAACAUGGUUAUAAUGCUUAUUGGAAAUAAAAGCGAUUUAGAAUCUAGACGAGAAGUCAAGAAAGAGGAAGGUGAAGCAUUUGCACGAGAGCAUGGACUUAUCUUUAUGGAGACAUCUGCCAAAACUGCUUCCAAUGUAGAAGAGGCAUUUAUUAACACUGCAAAGGAGAUCUACGAGAAGAUCCAGGAAGGAGUUUUUGACAUUAAUAAUGAGGCAAAUGGCAUAAAAAUUGGCCCUCAACAUGCUGCUACUAAUGCGACACUUGCAGGCAAUCAGGGAGGACAACAAGCUGGAGGAGGCUGCUGUUGAGCCUGUUUUUACUUUCUAGCUGCCUGGAUGGGGCCCUACUAACUUGUUUGUUCACCUUCCCCCCCGCCCCGCUCGCCUCCACUUCAGUUCAACUGAGACAUGAAACUUGUAAGUUGGUUUCCUGUUGCAGAAGAAGACUUUAUCCUUCAAAUUCUUGUAUAACUUUGAAUAAAUGGUUAAUGUUCACUUCAAGACAGAUUUUGGAGAUUGUAUUCAUAUCUAUUUACAUUUGAUUUCUAGGUCAAUUGAUGUGAUUAUUUUUGUUAAAUGUUGUCUUGUGCCCUUGACUACGAACUGAAUUGUAUGAAACACUACGAAGUCAUCUGAGUAUUUUAAUCAGUUUGUGUAGUUAGGUUUCCCAGUUCCUGCAGUUACCUAAUGUUUAAUAUUGUAGAGCUGUCCUCAAGUUUUUUGUCAAUUUUCAAGGCUAUAAAGAGAAGCAGAAGGACUCUUUUAAUUCUGUAUUUAUCACUUUCUGUAUAUAUAGUUUAAUAACCUGCUUGGGUGUACUUGCCAAGCUAGAAUUCUUUAAUGCAUUUGCAUAAAUUCUAUACUACUUAGAGCUUGAAAACUACAGAAGCAUUAAUAGAAAUUGCUUGGACGCUAAAUUUUAAGCCUUUUUGACAUUGUUAGCAUGUUCAUCCUCCCCUGUCAUUAUCCUGAAGUCCAAGAGAAAUGCUUAAUGUAUAUUACCAGAGGCUACAUACGUGCUAUCUAUUUUAAUGCCAAAUGUUUGCUGUUUGUCCACAAUUUCCACAGCACCUCUUCAGAAAUGGAUUAGCUGUUUGCCUUAACGAAUACUAUAGGUAAAAACAGAGUAUGAAGGAAAGGUAGAGGAGGAGUUGAUCAAUUUAAAAUGGCACAUUAUAAAAACAUUAAUCUUUUAAUGUUUUUUUUUUUCUUGUUUACCACUUGAUUUCUAGGUAUAUUUUUCAUGCAAGGACAGUUUUUCAACCUAAAUGUACAGUGGUUGUGUAAAGUUUUCUUUCAGUGACAACUUGUAAUCCUAAAUAUAUGGUAAGCAUCUUGUCUAUUGUGAAGAGGGUGUGAAAAUAAAAUCUGCCAGUUUGGAAAUCAUGAUGAAAAUCAAAA